GGAACUGUGAUAGGUGAUUAUAGAGGAAGCGAGCUUGCACAAAUCAAAAAUCAACAACACAUUACCGACUUCCAAUAUAAGCCUCAAUCAAUGAAGAAAUCAAUGGAGGUUGGACUACUAAUCGCAUACGGUGCCUUGGGUAUCAUGGCAGUGGCACCAAUCUAUUAUGGGUCAUUUGCCUCAAUUAAGUGGCCGAAGAAAUCGAAACCCGAGCACCCUGGUCAGAAUCCUGACACGGAUUCUUCAGAGGAUGAAUCCAUUAAUGAUCCUCUCACAACAGAAGACGCUUAUCUUUUCCCAGUCUUUGGCUCCAUUGUUCUAUUUUCGUUAUAUUUAGUAUUCAAGUUUUUGGACAAAGAGUACGUGAAUUAUCUUGUCACGGCAUACUUUUCAUUUUUGGGAGUGGUCGCUGUGACAGACGCUGGAGUGCAUUGUAUUAAAAAUACCGUUGGGAUCAAAUAUAAUGCGUAUAAAAUUCUGUUGACGAAAAAAGAUAAGGAGCUCUAUAAAACAAGAUUCACUGUUGUCCACCUUUUUACUCUUUUAUUUUCGAUCCUUAUUACAGCCUACUAUGUGGCAACAAAAAAUUGGAUUAUAUCCAACAUCUUUGGGCUUGCCUUCGCUUUUAAAGCAAUUCAAAUGCUUUCACUGGAUUCCUUUAAAACCGGUGCGAUCCUUCUCAGCGGAUUAUUUUUCUACGAUAUAUUUUGGGUAUUUGGUACUGAGGUUAUGGUAACAGUGGCAAAAAGUUUUGACGCACCAAUCAAAGUGGUUUGGCCGAAAAGAUUGUUCGGAUUGCAACCCGAUGAGGCUUUACAGUUUACAAUGUUGGGACUAGGUGACAUAGUGAUACCUGGAAUCUAUGUUGCAUUGUGUCUCCGCUUUGAUCACAGUAAUUACAUAAAAAGUAACCCUAAAGCGCGUCGAAACUCAAAAUUCCCCACACCCUACUUUAAUAAUUGUUUUGCCGCCUAUAUAUUGGGUCUCGCGACAACUAUCGUCGUCAUGCAUACGUUCAAAGCUGCCCAACCCGCAUUACUCUAUCUUUCUCCCGCUUGUAUAUUAUCUGUUAUGAUCACGGGAAUACUAAAAAAUCAAGUGAAAGAAGUUUUCACCUUUUCUGACAAAAAGGACGAUAAGAAACAAAAAGUAGGUGACGCACGAAAGCAUGCUUCAAGCGAAAGCGAAGGUGAUGAUGGACCUGUCAAACAACGUAACAUCAAGACGGAGGAAAAAACUGGAGAUGGUUCUGCCGAGGACGAAGAUUAUGUUGAAGUAUCGGCUACCGGUGCAAAAAGUAAAAAAAAGAAGAAAUCAUCUAAGAAGAAGACUGUCGGAAAUGAUAAAUAG